UUCCCAUCCGCACCGGCGCACGUCGACUCGACAACCUCUUAGCAGCAACACCGUCGUCGCCAACCGCAGUCCAUAACCGUCGUGAUGGCUCAGGAACGCUCCGGAAUCGUGGUCGGCCUCAACAAGGGUCACAAGACCACCCCUCUUAACACCCCCAAGACCCGGGUCAGCCGUACCAAGGGCCAGUCUUCCCGCCGUACCGCUUUCGUUCGUGAGAUCGCCCGCGAGGUUGUCGGUCUUGCCCCCUAUGAGCGCCGCAUCAUCGAACUCCUGAGAAACACUCAGGACAAGCGCGCUCGUAAGCUCGCCAAGAAGAGGCUCGGUACCUUCGGCCGUGGCAAGAGAAAGGUUGAGGACAUGCAGCGGGUCAUCGCCGAGGCCCGUCGUGUUGGUGCUCACUAA